AUGCCCGGCUCCCUUGCUGCUGCGGCCUUGGCUGCAGCCAUCGCCACUCUGCCAUUGGUCUCCGCUCACGGCUACGUCGCCAGCGCCACCAUCAGCGGCACUGCCUACUUCGUCGGCAAUCCCAAUUGGGCCUACCAAACGCCAACCCCGAAGCAGCCAGGCUGGUACGCCAACAAUCUCGACAAUGGUUUCGUCUCGCCCGCUUCGUACGGUACGGCGGACAUCAUCUGCCACAAGGCGGCCACACCAGGCAGCACCGCCCUCACCAUCGCUGCAGGAAGCACUAUGCAGAUCCAGUGGAACACAUGGCCCGAUAGCCACAAGGGCCCCGUGUCCAACAUGCUGGCUGCCGUCAGUGGGGACUUCUCGUCCAUCAGCAAAGGCAGCUUGAAGUGGUUCGAGGCCGAGGUUGGCGCUUUGCAGGAUGACAGCAGCCCUCCAGGCCAAUGGAGCACCGACAAGCUCAUUGCCAACAACUUUACGGCUCCCUUCACAGUCCCUGCUGGCCUCGCUGCUGGCAACUAUGUGCUCCGUCAUGAGAUUAUUGGUCUUCACGCUGCUGGCUCCUCCAACGGCGCUCAGAGCUACCCAAUGUGCAUCAACUUGGUCGUCACCGGUUCCGGCACGACCAACCCCUGCGCUGCCAGCGGCGCUGACUGCCGCAUCGGUACAUCCCUCUACACCGAGACUGAUCCCGGUAUCCUGAUCGACAUUUACUCGCCAAUCUCCGCCUACAAGAUCCCCGGCCCUGCUCUUAUCAGUGGCGGCAAGUUCGACGGCAACAUCGGUGGCCCACCGGGCGGCAGCGGUAGCGCGCCCGCCUCCAGCGCCCAAGCCUCCAGCGCCACAUCGAAAGCGGCAACGACUCUCGUCACCUCUACCAAGGCAACAUCUGUCGCGCCCACGACCAAGGCACCUACCUCCGUCCCCGCUACCUCAACUAAGGCGGCCGCACCAACAUCCUCCGCCUCGACCGGUACUUGUGCGGCCAAGUACGCCCAGUGCGGUGGACAGGGCUGGACCGGUGCUACAUGCUGCGUGUCAGGUAGUAAGUCAUUCGCCUAA